UUUUAGUUGUAAGCCAUGUCCCUCCCUCCCUGUGUCCAAGUCCUGUAAUAAUAAGGCACUGACGAGUGUUUUCAAAGUCAUCGUUGAUGAUAACAAAACCUCAGCUCCUCUAUAGAAUGAAAACCCAUUUCCCGCGAGCAAAUAUCGGAUCAUAAUUCACAUCACAUCUCUUUUUUAUCUCCGGCGGACUCACCCAUAGAAUUUAGGGCAUCAUCAGAAUGGAAGCAGCAAUGGGAUUAAUGAGAAGGAUUCAUCCAAAACAUUCAGAAACUGCAUUAUCAGCAUUACUUAGUCUUUUACCUCAACAUUCCUCUGAUCUUCUUUCUCAAGUCGAUCAACCUCUUCGGGUAUUAUCUGAUAUGGAAUCUGGAAACGAGUUCAUCAUGUGUGAAUACAACCGAGAUGCUGACUCCUACAGGUCACCUUGGUCAAACAAAUAUCAUCCACCUCUGGAGGAUGGGCAACAACCAUCAGCAACCUUGAGACAACUGGAGAUUGAAGCAAAUGAUGUCUUUGCAGUUUACCGUGACCAGUAUUAUGAAGGAGGCAUUUCAUCAGUAUACAUGUGGGAAGACGAGGAUAAUGAAGGUUUCGUUGCCUGCUUUUUAAUAAAGAAAGAUGGCUCCAAAGCUGGCCAGGGUAGAAGGGGUUAUUUGCAAGAAGGUGGAUGGGAUGCCAUUCAUGUUAUCCAGGUGGGACCAGAGGACGAGACAAUGGCUCAUUAUUGCUUGACCAGUACGGUCAUGCUCUCGUUGACAACAAAUGAUGAAUCCUCAGGCAAUUUUAAUUUGUCGGGAUCAAUCAGAAGACAGAUGAAUAUGGACCUCGCAGUUACUGAUGGUCACCUUUGUAACAUGGGAAAGAUGAUUGAAGAAAUGGAAAGUAAGCUGAGGAACUCGCUGGAUCAGGUUUACUUUGGAAAGACAAGGGAGAUGGUUUGCACUCUGCGUCCACCAGCCGAAGUCGCACAACUGAGAAUAUCAGAGACUAAAUAACUGCCGCAUAUCAAGAAGUCCAGACAGAGAGAGGAGAAGAAGAAAUUUAAGUUUGCUUGUGUUCAGUCAUUAUAUAUUUUUUGUGUUAGCUAAAUAUAAGGCCCGAUUUCAUGAUUUUCUCGCGUCUUUCUUGGUGUUCUGUAAUCUUUUCUCGCGUCUUUCUUUGUGUUUUGUAAUCUGUUUAUGUACAAUUUAUUCAGAGGGAUUUCACCAGUAUUUCUUGAAGAAGUCACAAAGAACCAGAACACAAACUGUUUAAACUCUGUGCAAUACAGGAGAUUUGAAUUGAAUUCCAUUACUAACAGAUGAA